AUGGAAGAAGCAUCGUUAAUUGAGCCACUCAGUGUCGGUAUACAUGCGUGCCGCAAAGCUAAUAUUGGGAUGGGUCAAAAGGUGCUAGUGCUCGGCGCUGGUCCUGUGGGAUUGGUGUCAAUGAUGGUUGCAAAAGCAACAAACGCAACAAAAGCGUUUGUUACGGAUGUUGUUGACCACAGGCUAGCAAUAGGAAGGGAACUUGGUGCGGACGAAUGCAUCAACGUCAAGGGAAUAAACCCGAAUGAAGCUGCUCAAAUGAUCAUAGACAAGUUUGGCAGUGCGCCAGAUAUAGCUAUCGAAUGUUCUGGAGUACAGUCCAGCAUCGAACUGGCUAUUAAGGUCAGGGAGUGA